CAGGUACCUACAUUAAAAUGUAUUAAAUUAAAUUUCUUAGGCUGAGUUGACGUACGUUUACAAUGAUAAAUAAUUUAAAUUUUGAUAAAAAUAUUUGGGUACGUGGAUGUGGUAAUUGAUGAUAAAAGAUAGUUUUUUUUUGUACGUUGUUUAAAACGGUAAUUAACUUCCAGAAGAUGGAUCAAGAAGAGCCAAUAUAUCAAGGAUUUGUACUGUUACCGCCUGUUGGAAAAUUAAUUAAGAAAUCAUGGACGCAAAAGUAUUGUAUGUUGUUCAAAGCCAGCAAAUUUUGGAACAAAAGACUAGAAAUAUACGAUACGCAAGACUCAGAAGAAGCCAGCAAGUUUAUAUCAUUAGAAAAUUGCAUAAAAGUACAUUCAACCUCUCUUAUAACUUUUGUUGUGACCAUUAGAAGUAAUAAUAAUGCCACUAGGAAUACCUACGAAUUUGGUACAGCAUCGGAAUACGAUAACACUGAAUGGAUCACCGCCAUAAAAUCUGUAACCUUUCCGGACGAAGUAUCUAAAACAACCAGCAUCGAGAAAAAUAAUAAUACGGUUUGUUCAUUUGGAGAGACCGUGUUCAAUGUCAAACUCCAUUCCUCAACCGUGUCGAAUAGAUGUGGUCUCGAAAGUAAAAAUUAUGCAUUGGUGGUUACUCAAACUGCCUUACAACUUAGGAACAUUAUGGACAGUAAAGUGUUGUAUAACUGGCCAUAUUUAUACAUCAGACGGUACGGCUUUAGAAACGGAAAGUUUGCUUUUGAAGCCGGGAGGAAGUGUAAAUCUGGAGAAGGAAAUUUCUAUUUGGAGCAUCCAAAUCAUAAUGUAAUAUUUUGGUGCCUUGUCAAUAAAAUAGAAUCAAUGAAAAGUCUCCUUUACGGCGAAACCUCGUCUCCAGUCCUAGAUAGCGAAUUCCAACUUGAUGCCGCAUUGUCCAUUGAAGCUACAUCGAGAAAUCCGUCAAACUUGAUAAAAUUGGAACAAUCGAAACCGUUCGUUCCAAGGAAACCGGAACUUUAUCCAAAGCCUGUCUUGAAAUUAAAACCCGCCAAGCCUUCUAGAAAAUGUUUAUCCGUUACCAAAUCGACUAGCGAAUCUGAAUCAUUGGAUGUAUCUGUUCAGAAAUAUGAUCAGACUGAGAACAAGUGCCUUGAAAAUAGAGUGGAAGCAUUGAAAAAACUUCUUUUGGGUGAAGGCACGUCUCCAAUUUUAGAUAACGGGUACAUCCUACUUGGUAAAGCACUCUCCGUGGGAGCCGAAUCAAGAAUUCCGUUACCGCCGACAGCAUCGCCAACGAUAAAUUCGUUAUUAUCACAGUCGGACCCAACUAUAUCUGGCACAAUUUCUAGUAAACAUUCUUCGAUAGAAUUGGAGACAUCUAAACCGUUGGUUCUAAAGAAACCGGUACCGAAACCAAGGUCAAUCCUGAAAUUGAAACCCAUCAAGCCAAGAAAAUGUUUACCCGUUAUGAAAUCAUCGGGUGUAUCUUUUCAGAAAUAUGAUCAGAUUGAGAACAGCGUAAAUGCCUGGCAAAUGGACGUGCCCGAACCGCCUUCGUUCAAUGAAUACGAACAGGGUUUGUUCGUCGAUGAACCAGAUGAAGGGGGCGAUAAGAAAGAGGACGACAAUGUUCCUCAUCAGUUCUACAACGAGGAAGAGUACGCUGUCAUAAAUAAACCAAAACAAGUCUAGUCUAGUCAGUUUUUCGGUCUUUCUUUUUUAAAAUUAGUUUAUUUUUUGUUUUAAAUAUAAAAUGUGCCUGGCCAAGCUGCCUGCUUGAUUUUUUAUAUAAUCUUUUAGAUCGCUUUUUAUUGGUUUAUAAAAAUAUGUCCUGCAUAAAGAUGAUCUCGUAAACUGUUAAGGCCCCCAUUCACAUCACUCCAAAUGGAAUAAAUCGUUCGGACGUUUGCAUCGUUUAGAAACUGUUCAUUCACGGUCAUUCCAAAUGGAUGCGUGAAUAAUGUAGUUUUUUGUAUUGUGGGAUUCACAGACAACUCGGUGUUUUUCAUUCAUAUACAGUCUGGAUAUUCAGCAGAACUGCGCUGCUGUACAUUCAAUUUUUAACAUUCAGGGAGGGAUUUUGAAAUGCAGUCACUCAUUUUGAACAUUUUGCGUGCUCGUGAAUGGGGGCCUUUGGUUAAACGGG